AUGUCAUUACCGGGAAGCCCCAGGAACAGCUCUUCAGUACCCGUCGUCGGAUCAGCAGAGAGCCUAGUGACUAGGGUUCUAACUGAGCAAGGUUUAGGAGAGUACUGUGAUCCAGAGUUCGUGAGAAAUACAUCAAGAGAAAUGCAAGAAGCAUUGGACAUGACACAAGAACAAAUGGAUAGGGCGGCUCAUCAACUCAUGGUCCAAGAGAGAAACAUAAAACAUGCACAAAAUCAACCGACGCAAGUUGGGGACGUUUGGACUGUUAUAGGGCGAUAUCCUAGCUCGCCAGCACCACCCUUUCCACCAGCCAGCGGCCCCACAGCCCCUCAAGCGGUUAUAGCACCCAGCACUGCUGCGCCUAGCGCUAAAUCCCACCACAGGACCAAACGGAAACGGAAACCUGUGCUCGUCUAA